AUGCAAAAUUUCUCUGUGAGUAACGGUUCUACUCUGGAGGUGGUGCAGUCCAACAUUGCAAUCCGCACAGUUUCUCCACGGGAGCCCUCAGCGAAAGUUCUUUUUUCUGCCAUGAGGGGGUCAACUGACAGUUUAGUUUCUGACAGAAUCAAAGUUGACGAACAGGCUACUGGCUUGAAAACUGAUGAUCGUACAGAAAUUCAGAUACUCGUCAAUAUUACAAGUACCAAUUUCACUGGAAGAGAAAGAGUUGGCUUUGUGCUGUAUCAAAAUGACAAACUUUUCCCAUCAAAAAUCUACAAAACUCAACUGGAAGAAAACUAUAGUAAUCGAAUCAUUUCCAGCAACGUUAAUGGAACAGUGGUCAAUAAUGUUAAGAUAGCUUUAAACCCACAGCCCAAUCCGCAGUACAACAGAUCAGAAUUUUGGCUACACAACUACGCAUGUGUAUUUUGGAAUUACUCGCUAGAUGACUGGGAUACCGCAGGAUGCAUAAAAGAGACAGACUCAUCAAAGUUAUUGACAUGCAGCUGUAACCACACAACUAAUUUUGCAUUAUUAAUGAGCUUCAGGAUCAAUUAUAAAUAUGCAAGACCUCUAGAGAUGUUGUCGUAUAUUGGUUGCGGCCUGUCCAUUGCCAGCCUGUCUUGUACCAUUGUGUUUCAGAUUCUAAUCAGGAAACACCGGAAAACCUCUAUCACCUUGAUGGAUGUGAGCCUCUGUUCAGCUAUGCUGAUUUUUAACAUCAUCUUUGUUUCUGGAAUUGAAAACACAAAUGCCAACAAGACGGUUGACAAAAACUCUGCUGCCAACGUCAUGCUCCAGUCCGAUAAGGAAGGCCCUCCUGCAAAUGACUGGUGUACAGCUGUCGCCGCUUUGCUGCAUUAUUUCCUACUGGCAACUUUUAUGUGGACUGGUCUCAAUGCUGUACAGAUGUACUUGCUAUUCGUAGAACAACAGCGACCUCUGUUUCAACACUAUAAUGCAAUCAUGUCAUUAAUUGGAUGGGGAGUCCCAGCAUUAUUUGUUAGCAUAACACUGGGAGCAACCUACAGUAACUCAAACUACCGGCAGGAAGAAUUUUGCUGGCUUGCAGUGCUUGAUUCGCACCAGAACUUCUCCGCUGAGAAACCUUUGUUAUGGGCAUUCCUAUUUCCAGUGGCAUUCAUCCUUCUGUUCAAUAUAUUUGUGUUUGGGAGGACCAUUAUUUCUGUGAUAUGGAAGGAAAACAAGAAAUUGACAAGCACCAAAAAGACGUCCGUUGUGAAGAAAAUACUUGCAACUAUUUCUAUAGCCAUUACCCUUGGAAUCACCUGGAUCUUGGGAUAUCUGAUGCUAAUAGACCAUGAGAAAACAAACAUUGUUUUCAGUUACGUGUUCUGUAUUUUCAGUGCUACACAGGGACUUCAGAUCUUUGUUUUUCAAGUUCUCAGAACGACAAUAUUCAGAAACAAAGUUACUGAUGUUUUUGAAGCCUUUCAACAUACUAAGAUAGGAAGAGCCUUGAAUCCGAGGUCUUAUUUCCUUUUAGGAAUCCUUAACAAAAGGAACCCAUCUGAGUUCUUUAAAACUACUGAUUCUACAAGACAAGUUGAUAAGCUCUCCCUGGCGGGCAAUUUUGAAGAGCAAUAG